AUGUACUCGAGUAAAAGCGAGGGUCCACGCAGAGGAAGGUCAUUUGACUCCAUGAACAUCGGCCUGUGUUUGGAAGAAAAGCAGCUUAAUAAUGAGAUGAACAAAUCAGCCUUUUCUAAGAUUGAUGAAAAUAAAGAUAAUAAGAGUGUCUCUGGAGAGAAAGGUCGUGCAGCUAUUGUAUUCUCUCUGAAGAAUGAAAUUGGGGGGCUCGUCAAAGCACUGAAACUCUUCCAGGAGAAUCACGUGAAUCUUUUGCACAUUGAAUCCCGUAAGUCGAAGAGGGGAAACUCAGAGUUUGAGAUCUUGGUGGAUUGUGACAGUAACCUGGAGCAGCUUACAGACAUCAUCCAGCUGCUGCGCAAACACGGUAACGUGCUGGAAUUAAACGCUGUGGACAACCGCCUACCUGAAGAAAACGAGAUGGAUAAUGUACCCUGGUUUCCCAAGAAGAUCUCUGAUUUGGAUAAUUGUGCAAACCGUGUAUUGAUGUAUGGAUCAGAUCUGGAUGCAGAUCACCCGGGUUUUAAAGACAAUGUGUAUCGGAAGCGGAGAAAGUAUUUUGCAGAUUUGGCUAUGAGCUACAAGCAUGGAGACCCAAUUCCACAAAUUGACUUUACUGAGGAGGAAGUGAAGACAUGGGGGGUUGUUUUUCGAGAGCUCAAUAAGCUGUAUCCUACUCAUGCCUGUCGUGAGUACCUGAAGAACUUACCACUGCUCACCAAGUACUGUGGUUAUCGUGAGGACAACAUUCCUCAGCUAGAAGAUGUUUCCCGUUUUCUUAGAGAACGUACAGGCUUCACCAUAAGACCUGUAGCAGGAUACCUCUCCCCCAGAGACUUCCUGGCCGGGCUGGCCUUCCGCGUGUUCCACUGCACACAGUAUGUUCGGCACAGCUCAGACCCUCUCUACACACCUGAACCGGACACAUGCCAUGAAUUGCUGGGCCAUGUUCCCCUUUUGGCUGAACCAAGUUUUGCACAGUUCAGCCAGGAGAUUGGACUUGCCUCACUAGGAGCAUCUGAUGAUGAAGUUCAAAAGCUUGCUACUUGCUACUUUUUUACUGUGGAGUUUGGAUUAUGUAAGCAGGAGGGGAAGUUGAGAGCAUAUGGUGCAGGGUUGCUGUCCUCCAUCAGUGAGUUAAAGCAUGCUCUGUCAGGGAAUGCCUGCAUCAAGCCCUUCGACCCCAAACUCACAUGCAAACAAGAGUGCAUUAUAACUACAUUCCAGGAUGUCUACUUUAUCUCAGAAAGCUUUGAGGAGGCCAAAGUUAAAAUGAGGGAAUUUGCAAAAACAAUCAAGCGGCCAUUUACAGUGCGCUAUAACCCGUACACACAGAGUGUAGAUAUAUUGAAAGAUACACCCAGCAUCAACAGUGUGGUGGAGGAGCUAAGACAUGAGCUGGACAUUGUAGGAGAUGCACUGAACAGACUUAAUAAACAGUCAGGCGUUUGAAAGAUUAUCCUACAAGCCACAUUUUGUAUAUACUGUUUUCCCAUUAAUGAGAAAACACAUUAAACAGUCAAUGUUUAUAAAAAUAAAACCCACUGUUUAUCAUAAAACCCAUUCAAAUGACAU